AUUUUAUUUCAUUUCAAGUCACUGUUCGUCUUUUCAUAGUUCGAUUUUGUGAGCAGCCAUUUCUUUGUCAGGAAUAAAUAAAAAAUUACAAUUUAGUUCAGCAAAAUGAUUAAAGCGGCAGAAAAUCUGUAUCAAGUGGGUAUGAAGCCAGAGGAUCAUCAGAAUGGCGGUGAGGUUGUUGAAGUUGACCACCUUCGAAAAAUGUUUAUUGGUGGCUUGUCGGCAGUAACGACCGAGGAAUCUCUUCGAGCUUUCUACAAGCAAUGGGGCGAAGUAGUCGAUGCAAUAGUUAUGCGUGAUCCAGCAACCAAACGUUCCAGAGGAUUUGGAUUUAUCACAUAUUCGGACACAUAUAUGGUAGACCGGGCGCAAGCUGCGCGUCCACAUGUUAUUGACGGCAAGUACGUAUUAAUUCCAUAGCAUUCAAUAUACAUA